CAUAAUUAGGGAUUCCACGUCCAGCACUGUGCACCCUUCAUACUAACUUUACAUAAUGUGAUGUACCAGAUGUGCAGUUUUUUCUCUUGGAGAAUCCCACAAUGGAGGAAGAGGUAUCAGUUGAACUUGUUCGUGAGAUGUUAGAGCUUCAGUGUGCAGAGGUGGAGCUAAUGCAAAGUAUGUACUCUAACCCAGGAGAGUUUGUUUUGGACGAUCCUUAUGUCACCGAUCACAUCAAGCAAUUUCUGGAUGGUGACACUGACUACACAGAUUUUCAUGACCGAAUCAGCUUUACAUUAAAGUUGAAGCUUGAAGGGGAAGAGGGUAAGGUGUCAGAGCUUGACUUAGUCUGCCGUCUUCCUCAUGAAUAUCCAUCAGUUUUACCGGAGGUGUUCACCAGAACCAACUACAUAUCACGUCAGCAAUACAAACAGUUCAGUGAAGACCUGCAGGAGUUUAUACAAGCCAUGGAGGAGGGGGAAAUAUGCAUCUCCAGUAUAGUCCAAUGGGUCCAAGAAAAUUUUAACAACUACAUAGAAAAAGAGCCAUUUGAGGCCCAAGAUUUGGAGAAACAACAAAAAGCAGAUCUGCAGGAUACUACGUUUUCAAGACUGUGGAUUUAUAGUCAUCAUAUUUUUAGCAAGUUUAAAAGGCAUGAUAUCAUAGAAUGGGCCAAGGAGCUGAAUCUCACUGGAUUCUGUCUUCCAGGCAAACCUGGCAUUGUGUGUUUAGAGGGAUAUGACACGGACAUUGAAAUAUACUGGCACAGAUUCAGGAGGCUCAGCUGGAAACGCAUCAUGAUCAAAGAGAAAGAAAUUUGUGAGAUUGAACAAGGGAAGUCAGUCGGGGAAUUGAGAAAGUUUGAAAACUUUGAGGAAAAGAAUUUUGUGCCAAGGUCUGGGAAGGGGAGAGAGUAUCACAUGGACUUGGGGUUGUUUUUUCAGUUUCUAGAGAAACAUGAUUGUGCCAAAAUGUUUCAGGUGUUUUUUGGAGUAGAUGGUAAAAGUGAUAAAUGACAAAUGUUUAAAAUUAGGCAAUUGCUCAUAAAUAUUUAUAUAUCUACAUAUUUUGUACUGGCCAGGCUAUGUGUAGAAAUUUAAGAGAAAUGAACAUUUGAAUUCCUUUUUAAUGUCUAGUCAUAUUUUAGAAAGAUUGUGUUAGGUGAGACGGGGGCAUUUGCUAAAUUGUGUUAGGUGAGAUGAGGGCAUUUGCAAAACAGAGUUGCUGCCUUUGUAGACAAUAGAUCUUAAUAAUUUUAUAGUUCGUUUUUAUAAUGCAUUAAAAGCAAUAACAUUGUUACAGUGAUGUUUAUAAUUAUUGAAGGUGAUGGUUCCCAGUAGAUAUAAAACCAAGCAUUUUUA